UCGAUGGACGUCCGCCCGAGGGAGGUGCAGGUAUCCAAUGACGGAUAUUUCCUUACUGUUGUGUGGGAAAACGGACACGAAAGCACAUACGAAACCGACUGGCUGAACGAGCGAGCUUUUAACCCGCGACAGCAAAGUAUUUACAAUAAUAAGUAUAGACUUCGGCCGGAGCUCUGGGACUCGGACAUGUCUCAGAGGAUCCCGAGAGCUUCCUUCGACGAACUCAUGGAGGACGACGCAGCAGUCCUGAAGCUGCUCGAGUCCAUGGAGGUCCUCGGGUUCACGGUGGUGUCCGGAGCUCGGCCGGAGGAGGGGGAGCUGCAGCGUCUCAGCGAUAGGGCGUCGCAUCUCGUCGCUUCUAACUAUGGGACGACAUUUAUUGUUAAGGAUAAAAAAGACGCGAGUAAUGUUGCUUAUACAAGCGAGGGCCUUGAUCUGCACUGUGAUCUGGUGUGCCUUCAUUACAAACCUUGUGUCCAGCUGUUGCACUGCAUCACCCAGUUUUCGGGCGACGGCGGCGACUCCAUCCUGGCAGACAGUCACCGCGUCGCUGUCCAGAUGCGGGAACUUCACCCUCAGAAGUACCGACUACUCACCGACGUCCUCGUGAACUUCCGCGACGUCGGCGUUGACAAUGGGUUCCAGUACGACAUCAUAGCAAGAAGACCCAUGAUCAGCGUGAAGGCCAACGGGGAGAUCAAGACGGUGAACAUGAGUACCUUCGGUCGCGAUUCCCACUUUGGCAUCUCCCCGAAGGAGGCGAUCGGCUGGUACGACGCCUACCUCACCUUCUGCGACCUCCUCUACCGCCCCGAGAACCACUUCACCUUCAAGUUGGUACCCGCCAAGAUCUGUAUCCUGAGAACCAGAACUGACAUUGAACGCAAGAACUUCUUAAACGCAUACAAUCCAAUUCUCGAAAACUCAAAACUCUAA